AUAGGUUGAAACUAAAGAAAAGAGAAAGAAGAAAAAAUUGACUCAAAAGGGUUACACGAAAAAACUUACCUCCAAAAUCAGAAGACUGAAACUAGUGAAGUGACUGAUGGCUACAGAGGAAGAGAGUGCGGUGAAGGAGCCUUUGGAUCUCAUUAGGCUCAGCCUUGACGAACGUAUCUACGUUAAGCUCCGUUCUGACAGAGAGCUUCGUGGAAAACUUCACGCUUACGAUCAACAUCUUAAUAUGAUUCUUGGUGAUGUUGAAGAGAUUGUUACUACUGUGGAAAUUGAUGACGAGACAUAUGAAGAAAUUGUGAGGACUACUAAGCGGACGGUUCCUUUCCUGUUUGUUAGGGGAGAUGGGGUGAUAUUGGUUUCCCCGCCCUUGAGGACUGCAUAACAUGAACCCAUGAUGAACAAUGUGAUCAUUUGAAUAACAAGUGUCACUGUUUAUGAAAUUGUACAACUUAAGUAGUGAUCUCCUUAUGAUUAGAUUAGCUACUUAAUUGGCUUGUGUGCUAGAGAUUUAUGUUAGACAGUCAAUUUUCAAUCAUCUUUAUAGCUUAAAAGAAUCAUGGCAUGCACAUGUAAACAAGGAUUUUUUCUGUUGUGUGGAGCUGCCAUUAUAUCACUGACUCCAUGAAAAGUGUAGGCCAUGGUUCUUGAUUUGAUA